CAUAACUCUCUAGUUUUAAAAUAUAGUAUUAAUCUAUUUAUUCUGGAAGGAUUAACUGUGUUUACUGUGAAAACGAACCCGUUUCCUCCCACACCUUGGUGUAGCUCUCAUCAUCCCUGACCUAUCAGAAUGUUGGAGGGCCUUGUUGCCUGGGUGCUAAACACAUACCUGGGCAAAUAUGUCAGCAACCUGAACACAGAUCAGCUCUCCAUCGCCCUUCUGAAAGGUGCAGUAGAGCUGGAGAACCUCCCCCUGAGGAAGGAUGCCCUCCGAGAGUUUGAUCUGCCAUUUGAAGUCAAAGCAGGCUUCAUUGGAAAGAUUACUCUCCAGAUCCCUUUCUACCGGCCUCACAGUGACCCAUGGGUCAUCUCCAUGUCCCAGCUCAACCUGAUCAUCGGCCCCACCCAGCUGCAGGAGUAUGAUGGAGAGAAGGAGAGAGAGGAGGAGAGAGAGCGCAAAAAACGUCUCCUUAAGGCUCUCGAAGAAAAAUUCAAAAGUGAGUGUGAACAGAGAGGAGAGUCUUACUGGUACUCUGCCACUGCCUCAGUAGUCACCAGGAUUGUGGAAAACAUUGAGCUCAAUAUUCAAGAUGUACAUCUUAGAUUUGAGGAUGACUUCUCCAACCCAGAGAAACCCUUUUCCUUUGGGGUUUGCAUCAACAAUAUUUCUGCUCAGAAUCCCUCUAAGGAGUCGGUCCAGAAGUCCCUCCGACAAAAGCAGCUGGAGAUUGAAGACUUCUGUGUCUACUGGGACACAGAGUGUGAAAUGCUGGGAAAGCUGCCUGCAAAUCAGAUCCAGGAUGCAAUGACCCGGUGUAUGCAGAGCCGUGAACAUCAAUACAUCUUUGAACCAGUGUGUGCCUCCGUGCUGCUCAGAAGAAACGCUUCCAAAGAGCCUCUGAGGUCCCGACACACCCCACGGAUUGAGGGCCAGGUUCAGCUGGAGCCCAUGUCAUUACGCUUGUCACAGGUACAGUACCAGCAGAUCAUGGCGUUCCUUAAAGAGCUAGACCGCCGGGAGAGAGAGAUGCUUUACCGAAAAUGGAGACCUAAAGUCCCCAUUUCUGGGAACUGUCGUCAGUGGUGGAUCUUUGCCAUCCAGGCCAACCUGAGUGAGAUCAGGGAGCAGCGGCAGCGGUGCAACUGGGGCUUUGCCCUGCAGCGAGCUCGAGAUGCCCAGACCUACACCAGCCUCUACUUCAGAAGGCUCAGAGCCGUCUCACUGAGUCCUCAGGAAGAGAGUGAAGUGGCGCGAGUGGAAGAGGAGCAGACGUUAGAGGAGCUGCAGAGUCUCAGAGAAAUUGUCCAUGACUGGUCUCGAAAACAGGAAGAGAUCGCAGAGAUUGUGCGAGAGCCUGGCAGUGACCACCAGCCCUAUGCAGACACCACAUCCAUCCCUAAGAGUGGGAGCUCAGGAAUGAUACAGUACCUGCAGUCUUGGUUCCCGGGCUGGGGAGGCUGGUAUGGAGAUUCCCAGGACCCAAACAGGCCUGAAGAGCUCCUGCCAAGUCCAUCCUCCUGGGAUAUUCUAGAGACAGAAGACUUAUUCGACCCAUUGGAGGACUCUCACACACUGAACACCUUCACCAGACGAGAUCACCUGUUUGCCCGACUGGAGUUCUUACUGGAGAAGGGCGGAGUCACACUCUUCCACCAGGACAGGAGGGGGGACACACUGGUUGAGAGUGGGGUCAUCCAGUUGGAAUUCUCAGGUGUAAAGGUGAUUGUGGAGUCUCUCCCUCGCUCAGAGUCCUCCCUGCUGUCUGUUAAACUGGGUUGUUUGGUCCUGAGAGACUUGACCACUCAGGGCACCAUCUUCCCUGUCCUGGUGUCUCCCAAAAUGGACAAAGUUGUUGUUACCACUAAUCAGCCAUCUGGCCAUCCCAGCAGUACUUUUGGAUGCAGUGCAGAGUGCUCAUCAUCACCAGUGUUUGAGAUGAUUUAUGAGCGCAACCCUGCAAGGUGUAAGUUUGAGAGAAGACUGGAAGUGAGCACGAGUCCACUGAACAUUGUCUACAACCCACAAGCGAUCAAAAAAGUUGCUGAAUUCUUCUAUAAAGGAAGAGUUCACACCUCAGGUUUUGGCUAUCAGUCAGAGCUGGAGCUGAGAGUGGCAGAGGCUGCCAGGAGGCAGUACAACAAGCUGAAGAUGCAGACUAAGGCAGAGAUUCGACAAACCAUUGAUCAGCUACUCGUGGGAGAGUUUAUUGAAAACAGUAAGCGUUGGACCAUGAAACUGGACAUCUGUGCACCCCAGGUGAUUUUUCCAGAUGACUUCCAGUCAGGGGACCCGAUGCUAGUUGUUGUUGAUCUAGGCAGGAUUCUCCUUACAAACUCCCAAGAUGACAACAAGGCCAGCCCUUCAAUGCAGCCUGAAAAGGAUGACAUGAGUGACGAUGAGUACCAAACACCCCUUGCCACCCCGCCAGAGUCUCCACCACCUGAAAUGCACGUGCCUUUGAAAGCACAACAUAAAAGCCCUGAACUUCCCAGCCUCAUAUCUCCCGAAAUUACACAGGCCUACAGCAGAAAGCUUUACGAAAAAUACUCUUUGUCCUUUAAGGACCUGCAGAUAAUGGUUGGUCGCUAUAAGGACAACUGGAAACAUCUUCAAGAGAGUGAGGUAGGCCCCACUCAUGUGGUGGAGAAGUUUAAUGUGCUGUUGCAGCUUGAGCAGAGACUGCGUUAUACAUCAGACCCCCAGCUCCCUGGGGCCGUGCUGUCAGGAGCUCUACCAGACCUCAAAGUCCAUAUCAACCUUGAGAAGAUGACUGCCCUUAGGAGUUGCCUGGCUAGGCUAACCAGCCCAGCUGUGAGUGAAGGAGACAAAAGUCAAGAGAGAGGCCCCAAUAUAAGGUCUCCUGACCCUCUUACCCUUCGCCAUGACAAGAUAUUUCAGAGGGAGGACAGCUCCUGGAAGCUGCAAGGUUCAGCCAAGAACCUGACACAGAGUGUGAUGACUUUAGAACAGCACACACGAGAAGUCUUGGUAGAAUCCCGUCUACUAUUAGCUGAGUUCAACAUUAAUUACAUGCAGCUUGGUGUAGAGAGUGAUGGCCGCUACAUAUCUGUUCUCAAGGUAUUUGGCACCAAUGCUCAUUUUGUCAAGCGGCCUUAUGAUGCUGAAGUAUCUCUGACUGUCCAUGGUCUUCUGCUGGUGGACACAUUACAGACUUAUGGCUCAGACUUCGACCUUCUUGUGGCUUCUCAUAAGCAUCUCAGUUUUGACAUACCCACGGGCAGCCUCCGAGAGAGCCAGCCUUCGUCCCCUGUAUCAUCCCCUGAUGGCAGAUCUCCUGAACAUCAGGGCCACCAUAGUGAGUCAACCUCUGGUAUGCCUGUGGAUAGAGUCUCCCCCUUCAGUUCCCUUUUCAAAGACCAGGAGGCCCUAAUUAAGCUUGAGUACCAGUUUGUGAGCUCAGACUGCCCUUCCAUGAACCUUGACAGCUCUCUCCAGGUGACAAGCAUGCAAGUCAACAAUCUGGACAUCAUUCUCAACCCUGAGACCAUGGUGGAGCUACUCAAAUUCCUCCAGAAGUCUUUCCCCAAAGAAGAAAGCACGUGGACAUCAUCAGCGCAACAAAAUAAUGCACAACCUUACUGUGAGCUAGAGGAGGGAACGUAUCAAGCCACUUAUGACCAGAACAAAGAGCUGACUGUAGAGAUCCACCGCCUUAACCUGCUUCUUCUUCGGACUGUGUCCACUGGCACUGUCCUGGCUGCUGAGAAGAAAGGGCUGAAGAUUGCCACUGCAAGCAUCACUGGCACCAAGGUAAAUGUGUCUAUGGGCAGUCGUUUGGACAUCAGUGGUUCACUUGGGUCCAUGCAGUUGGUGGACCUGACCCAGGAAGGAGGCCGAAGCCAGUUUGUGGUCAGCAUUGGCAGUGUUGAGGACAACUCCUCAACCCUUGGCGGACUAACAUUCCUUGCUGACACAGGAGAUUCUCCCUCAGAAGCUUUAAAUUUUCACCUUAUGGAAAAAACACAAGGAGACUGUUCCUUGCAGCUUCAAAUGGCAUCCUUGCACUAUAAUCACUCAGCUAAGUUCUUGAAGGAGCUGAGUCUGUCUGCUAAUGAGGUAGAAGACAAUUUCCGCUCCAUGUUGAAAACUGCUGCAACCAAAGUGUCAACAGUUCUAGCCACCAAGACAGCAGAGUACAGUGGUAUGGUGUCACUGUUCGAGACUCCCUCACGGAGAACUCGAACUCAGAGUCAGAGCUGGGCUUAUCCAUUUGAAGAUGAGGAGGAUGUUCCCAUGGAGGAACCUGAAUCCACCUUGGACACAUUCUUGGUGAAGCUCACCCUUAAUAUCAGCGUUGAAUCACCAGUUGUGUCCAUUCCCCGUAAGCCUGGACACCCUGAGCUGUUGGUUGGUCAUCUGGGAAGUAUAACAAUCCAGAAUUUUGUGACUGGGCAAGACUCAGAUGGAGAGAGGUUGCAGGUGUUUGUCAAGGAUAUUCGGCUGUAUUCACUCAAUAUGAGUCAUCUGGUUUUGAAGAGGCCAGCCAGACGGGAUAGUGCUGGUACCAUGUCACCAUCUCACAAUGGGAGCAUCAGUCGUGAUGAACCACAGUUCACACGUCAUGACUUUUUUGAAUCCCUCAGCCGGGGAACAGCCUUCCAUAUAUUGAAAGACACCACUAUAAAGUUCACCCUGGAGAAAAUUCCCGUUGACGAAGACACCUCUCAGUUUACCUUCCUUACCACAGAGGAGCCCUGCAGGAGCACAGGGUUGCUAAAAAUUGAGGGCAAAUUCGUCACCCCAGUUCAGGUAUUCCUGUGCAAGUCUGUAUAUGAGCAAGUCCUGCAGACACUGGACAAUUUGUCCCUCAUUGAGGAGCAACGUGUCACACCCAGCCAACCGCCCACACCCCCACCACCAACUCCUUCCUCCACAAGACCUCAUCGCUUUCCUGAUCCCCAGGGAGGGCUAUUUGCAAGGGACCCUCCCUAUAUUAGCUUCUCCCACUCAUCGUUUUCCUCUCCUAUGCCUCUCCAGUCUCACAAACCUGCUCUUCAGUCUCCCACAUUCACUCAGCUGAAAAUGACCUUACAUGUGGCAGAAUUGCAGGUCCAGCUAAGUGCUGACCUGACCCAGGGCUCCCAGGGCUUAGUCAGUCUGCGCUUCCAAGAUCUUGAGGGGGACUUUACCAGAGACCACCCUCACUUACUGGCAGUCCAACUGGCACUGCGCUCGCUGCUAAUGGAAGACCUCCUGGAACAGAACCCUAAGUCUAAGUACAAACAUUUGAUGGUGUCUCGUGGAGCUCCCAAGCCCUCCACCUUUAGUCCAAAGGAAUACCUUUCUCAAAGCUGUCCAUCAGCAUCCAAUGCCCUGUACCCAGAUAUGCCUCGCUCACUGCCUGCUCACAUGGAAGAGGCCCAGAACGUCUUCAAGCUCUACCAGAGGCAUCCCAGCACUCCUUCAGCUAGCAGUCGCAAAUCCAAGAGGGACCCGGACUGUCCCAGCACUCCACCCCCCUCUCCUACCCACCAUACACCCUCCCCUCAGCCACCUCCAAACUUUGAUGAUUCAUUAGUUCAUAUUAAUGUGCAGCUGGUGGACCAGAACCACCCAGAGUUCAAAACACGCUAUGGAAGUGUGGGACGAAGUGUGGAUAUUGACUUCAACUGCCUGGACGUUUUGAUUACACUGCAGACGUGGGUGGUCAUCCUAGACUUCUUUGGUAUUGGCUCCACAGCCAAUAAUCAUGCUGUGAAGGUCCCUUCAUCACUGCAAUCAGGACACCCUUUGCAUGAGCCAGAUGUCAAUGAGGAGGAGACAACAGAGGCCGUCAACACCAAAGUGGACUUAAAGGUUCAUUCUUUGUCUCUUGUACUGAACAAGAAACUCAAUGAGCUUGCCAGAGCUAGUGUGUCCAAAUUAUCUGCUCAUCUUGAAAUGUUAGAAGGAAACCUGGAGUUACAAGGUAGUUUAGGAAGUUUGUCCCUGAGUGACUUGACGCCACAUGGUGAUCUCUACCGUGAGCGUUUCACCACACGAGGAGGAGAGGCCCUUAUUUUCAACAUCCAUAAGUACGGCCAGCCUGAUCCCUACCUGGAGCGGGAAUGUGAUAUCAAGGUGUUUCUGCAAAUGGCGUCAGUGCAGUAUGUUCACACCCAGCGCUUCCAGGCGGAGGUGGUGGCUUUCAUCCAACAUUUCACCCAGCUACAGGAUGUCCUGGGCAGGCAGAGAGCUGCAAUGGAGGGCCAAGCUGUGAGGUAUCAUCCUCAGCGGGCAUCCAGGGUUUUGCUGGAUAUUGAGGCUGGGGCCCCAGUUAUUCUCAUACCAGAGAGCUCACGGUCACCAAGGGUCAUUGUGGCCAACCUCGGCCAGUUGAGGGUGCAGAACUGCUUCCUACCUGCUGGGGCUCAUGGAACCUUUUCACUCAGAGACAAGGUAGAGAAACUCACCAUGGCACAUGCCUUUUUCCCUUCUCUGGAGCGUGUCCAGGGUGCUGCAGGAAGCCAUAGUGAGCAGGAGAAGCCUAGAACCCCCCCGUCCAGCUCCUCCUCCUCCACAGGUUUCACCCUUGGUAGGCCCCAAGCCCCAGACACAGGAAGAGAAGAAGAUGGCCCUGACAGCUUAGAGGACCAUGUGUGCCUGUUGGAUUGCAUUGCACUGGAUCUACAAGAAAUGGAUAUCUUUGCUGCAGAGCGUCUGCCUUGUCAGCCCUGGGAAAGUGGUGGUAAACCUUCCGAAACGUCCGACCUCAUCUUUCCUUCGUACUCUGUCCGUCGCACUGGAGACAACCUGUUAAAAGACUGCUGCCGCCUCAAGCUUAAGGUGGAACGCAACCUGGACAAGGAGCUGAGCCAUGCAGUACCUGACAUGUCCAUCCAUGGCAACCUGUCGUCAGUCCACUGCUGUCUGGAUCUGGACCACUACCAGUUGAUCAGAGGGCUACUGGAGAACAACCUGGGAGAGCCUGUUGAAGAAUUUCUGCGACCCUACAACCUGCAGGACCCCAGCACCUAUACGGUGUUAAGUGGAGAUGUCUACACGAACUUGUCAUUCCUGGUGGACAUGAUGAAUGUCAGUCUGGAGCUCUUGGACAGCCCCAACCCCACUGACCACAAACAUUCAUUAGCAAGGUUUGACUUUAUGAAAUCCAAGCUCCUCUUUGAGACUUUCUCCAAUGGAUCCAAGUCUGUCAACCUGGUGUCUCACUCGCUGCUGGCAUAUGACACUCGGUACACUGGGCUGAAUAAAAGUACUGGUAGAGCUGAUGGGGUAAAAUCCAAUGUCUUUGACUGCAUCCUUCAGCCCUCUAAAACAGGCUCUAACCGUGCGUCACUACAACUGGAACUGCAUUACAGAUCCACACGUGACUCCUCCUGCUUCACGGUGGUCCUCAACAACCUUAGGGUCUUUCUCAUCUUUGACUGGCUCCAGCUGGUGCGAGAGUUCCUGCGGACGCCAGGGGAGAAGGUGACAAGUGGUGCUGAGGGUUGUCAGCGAUGGCCCAGUAACAGCAGUACCGACUCGGGCACGAUCAACACCACCACCACUGGGGCUGUCAUGCCAAAGACAGUCAAGAGUGGUGUGGUCACCAAGAGGUCCACAGUGCCGGUCACCCAGGACCGCUGUCUGGAGGUCAAGAUCAACGUCACAGGCACUGAGUUUGUGGUUGUGGAGGACUCGUCCUGUCUGGAUACCAACGCCAUCAUUCUAAAAGGGACCACUGUCCUCACCUACAAACCCCGUCUGCUAGAUAGACCUUUCUCUGGCAGCCUUGCAGGAAUAGAGGUUUUCUCGUGUCGGCUUGGCAGUGAGCAGGAGACAGCGCUGUCCAUAAUUGACCCUGUCAAUGUUCAGGUGGAGCUGUGUGGGAGUCCCACAUAUCAAAGCAGCUCAGGUCUACUCGAUGCCUUCAAUGUGGAGGACAUCCCACCACUUCUCGAAGUUCAGUUUCCUGCUCUGGACAUUCGUCUGUCAUACAACGACAUUCAGCUCUUCUUGGCCAUUGCCAAAUCCAUCCCAACUUCCAGCGCUCCACUGCCGUCUGGCUCUGACACCUCCACCACAUCCAGCACUGAGCCCACUGCUACACACAAAGAUAGCUUCAGGCAAAAGACUGAGGCCCUCAUAGAGGGCCAGCUGACCCGUUUACAGGACCUUGGCUUCAGGAAAGAUGACUGCAAAAGAGCCCUGAUCCACUGUAAAGGUCAACUGGACCAGGCAGCCACAUGGCUCCUGGAGAAUGCUGAGAACAUGGCAGGCCAUCCCAGAGCCAGGGGUGACUCUGGCUCCAGCAGCCACUCAGCUCCUCUGUCUGGGGUGGAGGUGAGGGCCGAAAGUGUUUGCAUCUGUUUCAUCGAUGACUGUCUGGACUGUGACAUACCGCUGGCUGAGCUGACCUUCUCUAGGCUUUAUGUGCUACAGCGCAUUGGUUCCACCCAGGAAGGAAACGCCAGCUUCACCUUGUCUGGAGACUACUACAACAGAGAGUUUUCAGGCUGGGAGCCCUUCAUCGAACCUUGGCCCUGCUUCCUGUCCUGGCAGCAGCAGGCUGCUGGCCGCCUCCACCCUCCGCGCCUCAAGAUGGGGAUUCGAGCCAAGCAGAGACUGGAUGUUAACAUCACUUCUGUCCUGUUGGAACAAUACAACACCACCAAGAGCUCCUGGAUGGCUGACUACUGUAAUGAGGAGGAAGAGAGCCCCCUGUCUUCACCCCCCAUAUCCUGGAUGGGCUCUUCAGUCGACCCACCAAGCUUCGGACAGACAGAUGUCAAGCUGUCCAAGCGGAGGCAGCCAUUUGUGCCAUAUGCUCUGUGCAACCACACAGGAUGUACCAUGUGGUUUGCCACUCUGACUACAACCCCCACAAGGGUGGCACUGUCACACAGCAGUAGUGCAGACUCCAUCUCAGACUUCCAUGGUCCAGGAACUGAUGACACUCACAACAUUAGCCAAUGGAGAGAGGUGCUGCCUGGGGAGGAGAUUCCCUUUGAGUUUGAAGCCCGAGAGAAACUCCGCCACCGACACACUCAUGAGCUGAAGCUGCACCAGCUGCUGGUUCGCGUGUGUGGAUGGGAGCAAGUCAAGCCAGUGUCUGUGGACAAAGUGGGUGUUUUCUUCCGUUAUGCAGCUCCAGAUAGAAACAACUCUUCCAACACUGUUGGCAGUCCUAUUAGCAGGACCAACAUCAUCCACCCGCAUGUUUAUUUCUCGGCCCUGCCUCCUGUCAGAGUGGUGUUCUCCAUCACAAUGGAGGGCAGUGCCAGGAAGGUCAUCACUGUGCGCUCUGCCCUCAUGGUGAAGAACCGGCUAGAUGUUCCCAUGGAGGUCAGACUGGACAGUCCCUCUGCUCCUGACAAACCAGUGGUUCUGCCUCCUAUCCUGCCUGGCCAGGCCUUGGCAGUCCCCCUCCACCUGACAUCCUGGCGGCUACAGGCUCGGCCUAAAGGCUUGGGCUUAUUCUUCUGUAAGGUUCCCAUCCAUUGGACCAGUGUGGAGCGGCAAGGAGAGAUCAGCAGCAGUAAGAGGGAGUGUCAGUCAGCAGAUUUUGAUGAUAACCUCAAGCGUAACUUCAGGUUUUGUGUGGUCAUCAAAAAGGAAAACUACCCAGACCAGCAGCCCGCUAAGAGAGUUUCUGGCAGUGCAAAGCAGAUCUAUCGACAGCCAGGCCACACCAUCUACCUGCUACCCACCAUGGUGCUGGCCAACCUGCUGCCAUGUGACCUCAACUACUACAUCAAAGGAACGCCCAUCAAAGGCUCACUGAAGCCGGGAAAAGAGGCCAUACUUCACGCAGCCGACACCUCACAGAAUAUGGAACUAGGAGUCCUGCUGGAGAACUUCCCCAUGUGCAAAGAGCUGCUGAUUCCCCCUGGGACUCAGAACUAUGUGGUACGCAUGCGACUGUACGAUACCAACAAACGUCUGCUUUGCCUCACCAUCCGCAUCAUCCUGCGGGCACAGGGGGCGCUGAAAAUCCUAAUUUCUGCCCCUUACUGGCUUAUCAAUAAAACUGGUCUGCCACUAAUUUUCCGUCAGGACAAUGGCAAAGCCGAUGCAGGGGGUCAGUUUGAGGAGCACGAGUUGGCUCGAAGUCUCAGUCCAUUACUAUUCUGCUACACGGACAAGGAGCAGCCCGCUAUGUGUACUAUGCGGAUCGGGAAAGGAAUCCACCCAGACGGAGUUCCAGGCUGGUGCCAGGGGUUCUCCCUGGAUGGAGGGAGUGGAGUCAGGGCAGUGAAGGUUAUACAGCACGGGAACAGGCCUGGCCUGAUCUACAACAUAGGCAUCAGUGUGCGAAAAGGUAAAGGACGCUACAGGGACACUCACAUAGUGACCUUUGCCCCUCGCUACCUGCUGGACAACCGCUCCACACACAAACUGGCCUUCGCUCAGAGAGAGUUUGCAAGAGGAAAGGGUACGGCCAACCCAGAGGCUUACAUCUCCACCCUGCCGGGCUCCAGCGUUGUCUUCCACUGGCCCCGCAAUGACUACGACCAGCUGCUGUGUGUGCGCCUCAUGGACACCCCUGACUGCACCUGGUCUGGGGGCUUUGAGGUCAACAAACCAAAGUCAUUCCAUGUCAACAUGAGGGACACACUGGGGAACUGUUUCUUCCUUCGGACAGAGAUCACCCUGAAGGGAGCCACCUACCAGAUCUCCUUCACUGACACUGACCAACUGCCUCCACCCUUCCGCAUUGACAACAUGUCUGAGGUGCCUAUCCAGUUCUGGCAGCAUGGUGUGGCUGACAUCCGGCUGCACACUGAGGUGAAGGCAGGCUCAGAGCUGGACUACGCCUGUGAUGAGCCCACAUUGCCCCCCUACCUCACACUGACCGUAAAGGGAGCUGGAUCCUCAGAGGUCACAGCUGACAUGAACUUCUUCAGAGAAUACAACAAGCUCUACUACGAGAACUUCAUCUACAUCGCAGCCACACACACUUUCUCACAGAAUGCUGAGAAGCGACCUGUUGGAAAGAAGCGUCUGGUGAGCUGUGCUGAACUAGUUCUUGAUGUGGACACCAAGACUCAAAGGGUCAUCUUGAAAAAGAAGGAGCCAGGGAAGCGCUCCCAGCUAUGGAGGAUGACUGGGACUGGUAUGCUGUGUCAUGAAGGCUCGUCUCCACCGCAGAGCAAGCCAGCCCAGCCACGCCCACUCGACUCCUCUUUGGUGCUGGACAUCGCAGGGCUUGCAGCCGUUAGUGACAACAGUUUUGAGCCUUUGAUGUUGAGGAGGCCAGACUCACGCCGCAGCACCACACAGACAUGGUACUUCAGCUCGGGCAUGCUGACCUGCGGGCUUCCACGGCUGGUAGUACAGGUGAAGGGUGGUGUGGCAGGCCUGUAUGAUGGAGCAGAGGUGGUGCUGGGACCAGACUCAGGGCUGCUGCAGCCUGGCCCUGAGCAGCAGUUCAUCAAUCAGAAGAUGAGACCUGGUUCUGGGGUACUGUCAGUCCAGGUGCUGCCAGACGGACCCACUCGUGUCCUGCAGAUCAGUGACUUCAAUCAGAGGAGAAUGAUCCGCAGCUCACCCAGCACAGAACACGAUAGGAGCAAGGAGGAUGUGAAGAAGAGAGAGCCUGAGCAGGAGCUGGAGGUGUUGGUGAACUUGGAUGAAGGCCUAGGUGUUUCAUUGGUCAACAAGGUUCCUGAGGAGCUUGUGUUCACUACAUUGUCUGGUAUAGAUGUCCACUUCAUUCGCACUGCUGCCAACGAGGUGUUGGAGCUCAGCAUUCAGAACAUCCAGGUGGACAACCAGCUGCUGGGCACCACCCAGCCUGUGAUGUUGUGUGUCAGUCCCAGUUCCAGUGACAGCAGUAUCAAUGACAGUGGUCCGGCCUUACAGAUCAACUCUGUCAAGGUUCCCAGCAACCUCAUCCUCACUGAUCUCUUCAAGCAUCUCAUGGUGACAGCCCGACGCUUCACUGUGAUCAUUGAGGAGAAACUCCUGCUCAAGCUGCUCAGCUUCUUUGGAUAUGGACAGACAGAAGCUGAGCUGGAGAAGUUGGAUGAAAACCUCCAUGAGAAGCCCAACGAGGAUGCAAGUUCUCCCAAACGUUACUACUUUGAAAACCUGAAGAUUAGCCUCCCUCAGGUCAAGCUGAGUGUCUUUACCUCUCACAAGCUCCCUCCUGAUCUCAAGGCUCUGAAAGGCACCCUGGGCUUUCCUCUGGUUCGCUUUGAAGACGCUGUCAUCAACAUGUACCCGUUCACUAGAGUGCACCCCUACGAGACCCAGGAGAUCAUCAUCAAUGACAUCCUCAAGCACUUCAGAGAGGAGCUGAUCAGCCAAGCUGCUCAGAUCCUGGGCUCCGUGGACUUCCUUGGAAAUCCAAUGGGCCUCCUCAAUGAUGUCACUGAAGGCGUGUCUGAGCUCAUCAAGUAUGGCAAUGUCGGUGGUCUUAUACGAAAUGUGACCCACGGUGUGUCCAACUCUGCUGCCAAGUUUGCAGGGACUUUAUCCGACGGGUUAGGGAAGACCAUGGAUAACCGACACCAGAGUGAGCGAGAGUACAUCAGAUACCACGGAGCCACCAGUGGAGAGCACCUGGUAGCAGGGAUUCAUGGACUGGCUCAUGGUAUCAUUGGAGGCAUGACAAGCAUCAUCACCUCCACAGUGGAAGGAGUGAAGACAGAGGGUGGAGUCAGUGGCUUCUUCUCAGGCCUAGGUAAAGGUCUGGUCGGAACUGUGACCAAACCGGUGGCUGGAGCUCUGGACUUUGCCUCAGAGACCGCACAGACAGUCCGGGACAUGGCUAGCCUCAGUAACCACAGGCUCAGUGUACAGCGGGUCAGGAAGCCUCGUUGCUGUAAAGGACCCCAGGGUCUUCUGCCUCGAUACUCUGCCACACAAGCUGACGGUCAGGAGCAGCUCUUCCGCCUCACAGACAACAUCCACUCUGAGUUCUUCAUUGCAGUGGAAACCAUUGACAGCUACUGCGUCCUCAUUUCCUCCAAAGUGGUCUACUUCCUGAAGCCAGGGGACUAUGUGGACCGUGAGGCCAUCUUCCUAGAGGUCAAAUAUGAUGACCUCUACCACUGUCUGGUCUCUAAGGAUCAUGGAAAGGUGUAUGUGCAGCUCACCAAGAAGGCUGAGAGCACCAGCAGUGGUGUGGCCAUUCCGGGCCCCUCCCACCAGAAACCAAUGGUCCAUGUGAAGAGUGAGAGUCUUGCCAUCAAAAUCUCUCAAGAAAUCAACUAUGCCAAGAGUCUGUACUACGAGCAGCAGCUCAUGCUGCCUGCCAGUGAGAAUGAGGACUACUUACUGCUGGAGUCCUGAUCACCUGUCUGAAGGAUUCCAACCUUUCUUAAAUCCUGAAUGGGUAAUGACUUUUAUUGAUUUUUGUAGGCUUCUGUUUUGACAAGCUGCAGUAAAGGGAAUAGUCAAGCAACCAUGCACGUGGUUUAGUGACAUGGCCUGAUACUUGACAAAGCACAUACAUGUACAUUACAUAAAUAACAUAUGCAAGACAGUGUUAGUUUGACCGUGUAUAUGUAAAAAACACUUGUAACAGCAGAUGUACACAUCCUACAGCUGUUCUGUAUUUUGUGAAUAGACAGAAAUGUAAAUAGAGCUACACACCAACACUAACGUAGUGUGCAUACUUGACUGAUUAUGAAGUACGGAGAAUAACAACAGAUGCUGAAAUAAAGUCAAAUGUAACAAACUGCCUUUACAACUCUAUGUGUAUAAGAGACUAUGACUGUGUGUGUGUUGGGGGUUAGGGUUGGGGGGGGGGGGGGCUGUAGCUCCCUUGCCUCACACUGGAGCUGUCUGUCACUGUCUCUGCCUUUUUCAAUCAAAGACCUGCAUUUUAAUGAGCCUGCUGUUCUUUCUUACCAGAGUUCUCCUCUCAAAGACAAUGUGGACUUCCCUCUAACCAGGCUUCUCUCUAAAUUUAACACAACUUGUUGAAGAGACGUUUGUUAACUGUCAGAGCUUUGGGGUUUGGUUUGGUGUCAGAUGAGAUUUUCUUGAGCUGAGUUUGAAUUGUGUGGUAGAGAGGAGAGAGGAGUUCAUGAUAGGCCUCAAUUUGUGAUUUUGUAAAAUACUGUUCACAUAGACACUGCUUUAAAUAAAGCACCACAACUUCA